AAUGAAGAAUCACACGGUCAAGCUAAGUUCCUGCUAUCAGGUCCACUAUAUGCAUCGGCCGAUGGAGACUAGCCAGGAGGAGAGCUGGCAAGGCAACGCAUCCCAUGGUGCCAAACCUCGUUGCCGUGUGGAAUAAUCAUACUACCAGUCAGAAACCAGAUGGACAGAUACUGAUGCAUGGUAGCAUCCCGGCAGCUGGGUGUGUAUCAAUCAAUAUAUAUGUGCACAGCCCAAGCCUAGCCUUGGGUCAGAAACAAAUGCGACACAGACCACGCGCAUAGCUAGCUAGAUCCACCGUACCGUCGCAUAAGCUAGGCCAGGCCUCUGAUCCAUCGGCCGAUCAAAGAUAAGGAGACCAGCGAAGGAUGGGUGCCGACUCGCCGCCGUCGUCGUCGUCAACGGCGCCGGUGGCCGGCGUUGGCGCGAAGAACACGGUGAAACAGUACCACCGGAUCGUGGUUGGCUUCCUCCUCGGCUUCUUCGUCGUCCUCGUGCUCUACACCACUCUUUCUUCCCAGUUCGGUUCACGAACUGCCAUUGGUGUCCUGCAGUCUUUGUCUGCCGUGCGUACUGAUCAGGCUACCGGGGCUGCCCCACCGUUGCCGUCGUCGAAUACGCCGAGUAAUUUGGCACAAGAGGAAGAUGGCGGGCACAAAAAUGAUAAACCUAACAAGACGGAGGAGGAACAUAUCCAAGACGAUGCUCAUCGAAUCGGGAAGAACAAUCAAUCUGAAGCCAAAUUAGAUGUCAACAAUAAUGGGCAAAAUGCAGAGAAGACAGGUCAACCAGCAGCGAACGAUGCAAGUGACAGGAUGGAGGAAGAGCUUAUCCGGCAAGAAAUCGAUCAAGGCAGCAACAAGAACGAUACCAUCAUGGAGCCUGCAGCUACGGCGCCACGCAAGCCUAUCUGCGACCUUUCCGACCCCAGGUACGACAUCUGCGAGAUCUCCGGCGACGCACGGACCAUGGGAGCCAACCGCACCGUUCUGUACGUGCCACCGGUCGGCGAGCUCGGCUCGGACGGCCAGGAAUGGAGCAUCCGUGACCAGUCUCGCAAGCACCUCGAGUUCGUGAACAAGGUCACCGUCAAGUCGCUGAACGCCUCCCAGUCGCUGGCGGCGCCAGAGUGCACCUCCCGGCACGCCGUCCGCGCGCUGGUGUUCGCGAUGAACGGGCUGACGUCCAACCCGUGGCACGACUUCAGCGACGUGCUCAUCCCGCUCUUCAUCACCACGCGUGCCUUGGAGGGCGAGGUGCAGUUCCUCGUCUCCGAUCUCCAGCCGUGGUUCGUGGACAAGUACAGGCUCGUCCUCAAGAACCUCUCCCGCUACGACAUCAUCGACUUCAACCAGGACGGCGGCGUCCGGUGCUACCCGCACGUCACCGUCGGCCUCCGCAGCCACCGCGACCUGGGCAUCGACCCUGCGCGCGCCCCGCGGAACUACACCAUGCUCGACUUCCGCCUCUACAUCCGCGAGAUCUACCGCCUGCCGUCCGCAGGCGUCAGCAUCCCAUACAAGGAGGCGAACAGCAACGCUGCGGCAGCUGCGCCCGGCGCCCCAGCUGAGCAGCUGCAGCGGAAGCCACGACUGAUGCUUAUCAACCGUGGCCGCACGAGGAAGUUCGUCAACUUCCCGGAGAUCGUCGGAGCGGUCCAGAAGGCUGGGUUCGAGGUCAUCCCGAUCGAGCCGCGUAGAGACCUCAGCGUGGAGGACUUCGCCCGGACCGUCGACUCGUGCGACGUGCUCAUGGGCGCGCACGGGGCCGGCCUCACCAACUUCUUCUUCCUCCGUACCAACGCGGUGAUGCUGCAGGUGGUGCCGUGGGGGCACAUGGAGCACCCUUCCAUGGCGUUCUACGGCGGGCCGGCCAAGGAGAUGAGGCUGCGAGAUGUCGAGUACAGCAUAGCGGACGUGGAGAGCACGCUCUACGACAAGUACGGCAAGGACAACCCGGUGGUUAGCGACCCAGAGUCCAUACACAAGCAAGGGUGGCAGCUUGGGAUGAGGUAUUACUGGAUAGAGCAGGACAUCAGGCUCAACGUCACAAGGUUUGCUCCCACGCUGCAGAAGGUGCUUCAGAUGAUCAGGGAAUAGAGGAAAAUGAGAUCAAUGGAACAUAUGUUACAUUACAUUUAUUAUUCAUGCUUAGAGAUGAAUAGGAUUAAUCUUGUUUUUUUACAUUUGGUAUAUUGGCCUAUACAUGGAACAAUUAUCCAUAUGCGUCAAUCUUAAUCCGUGGUUUCUGUUGGAUUUAAA